AAUUAUGUGAUUAAUAAUACACGCGCGAGCGUAUUUGUCGAUCAACUGCCCGACAAGGCGAAAUCAUUUUAUUAUUAUGCCGACUGCGUCGUAUAAUGCGUGUUACCUACCCACAUAUCGUUAUAUCACGCACGUAGCGCGUACACCUACCUCCUACUUAACUCACUCACAUCGUUCGUUACCCGCUGACAGAGUCAAAUUUUAAGUGGCCUAACCGAUAAAUAUCGUUUAUUCCGUUUGCACUUCUACGCUCAUUAGGUACUGUUAUACAGCCGCAGCUGGUCGAACGACAGUAGUGAAACCGGUGAAAGCAACCCGGUUCAUUCGAUCGUUCAGAUUUCUCAGCUUCAGAGUCAAAUCCAAUUUAAAGUCACGUUAAAAUCAUGCAAAACAUUAUCAACACCGUUAAAGGUACUGCACUAGGAGUCGCUGGAUUAUUAACUCCAGUCCUAAAGGAAUCAAAAUUCAAAGAUACAGGAGUAGUCACACCAAAUGAAUUUGUUGCUGCUGGUGACCAUUUAGUGCAUACAUGUCCAACUUGGGAAUGGGCUUGUGGCGAUGAAUGCAAGAUAAAAUCUUAUUUGCCAAAAGACAAACAAUAUCUGAUUACAAAAAAUGUUCCCUGUUUACGUCGAUAUAAACAAAUUGAGAAUAGUGAAAUUGUUGAGAAUAUUGUUGAAUUAGGAGAAGGAAAUGAAGGAUGGGUUGAGACUCAUCAUUUUGAUGAAAAAAUAUCCGAGAUAUCAUACGAAGAAAAUGUUGAAGAUCAAAAUAAAAGUAAUCAAGUUUCUAACAUAAUGACUCACGAAAAUCAAAUUAUAAAAACUUGUAAUUUCUAUACUAAAAAUAGUGGUAUAGGCGAUGAUGAGAAUGACGAUGACGAUGAAGGUGAGGCAUUAGAUAUGGAUGCGUUUGUAGAGAGUGGUCUACUGGAAGAUGAUUCGUUAUUGAUCAAAUUAUUCUUGAAUAGAACAAGUUGAGAAGAUAAAAAUUAAAAUACAUUGUGCAAACAAUGCAAUAAAUUUUAAAAUGUUUUUGUAACUAUAUCCUGUUAGGUCUGGUUAUU